AUGCCUAAGAAAGUUGUUUCUUCCAAAGGCACACAACUAAUAGAAUAUGAGCCUAUAUCAAGGGAUCCAAUGACUUCGGAUUUGAGGAAGGCAGAUAUCACUACGGUAACCCGAGUUUUGGAGGAUCCAAACUCUCUGCUAGUCCAGGCUUUCAAUAGUGAACCAUGGCCCGCGAAAGAUGUGUUUGAACAGAAAUUAAAAAUCUUAGAUAGACCACUGCUGUUCCAAGUGUGUAUGAUAGAUAAUGUAUCGCGUUCAAAGCUCACGCAAGUGGACGAGUUACAGGUCAUGAUUGAUCCACGCAGGCAGAAAGUUGAUCGGUUAAGCACGUCACGUGACCGACAGGAGCUCAUAUCCGAGGUGAACAUUGAUGAAGAUGAUGACAACAAUGGUGUCACAAGUAGCAAUGCAAACAAUAACCAAACUACGUCAGCUGCAAAGGAGACGGGAAAUCUCAACCAGCAUGUUUACAAACUUACAUUGCAAGACAAGUACGGAAACUUGUUUUAUGCAAUAAAUUUGGAAUCAAUCCCAGGUCUAAAGACGUGCUUUUUCGGAUCGAAGCUUAUCUUAUUGCCUGGAGCGGUAUUCAACAGAGGUAUGUUUACAUUCACAAACUCUACGGUGAAAUUGAUGUAUGGACUCAUACAGCAGUGGAACGAAGGAAAGCUCCAAAAGGUUUCUGAUUACUUACAGAACGAGUUGAAUGCUCAAAAUCCAACCUUGAACGCUAAUGGGAAGAGGACGGCAUAG